UGUAUGAUUUAUAGCAUGUCCGACAGCAAGUCAAAUGAAAGUAGCGAAGAGCUGGCUAAUAAUUUGGGUCCAACGCAACCGGAACUCCCGUGGCCAAAUUUCAAGUCGCAGAUAUCCAAUCCUACAGUCAACAGUGUGCAACUUGAGUGGUCUUUAUUAAAAACUGCAUUGGUGUACAGCGUAGAGAAGUUUCAUAAACGCCUUGGCUGGCAGCAGGUCGAGUGGAGCACCACCUCUCCAGUAGAUGUAACUAAGAUAGAAGAAAACUUCGGAUGUCGACUGCGCAUUAAAGCCCUGCAAGUUUCGGAGGACGGGCAUUGCUAUGUGCCGUUGGCUAUCUCGCCGGAUAUAAUUGCAUGCACUUCGGCUGCACUGCCGUCAACCAAUUGCCUAAACCGUGCCAUUAAAAAGGGCCAGCAAUUCCUGGUUAAACGUAUGCUGCGCCGACGCCCGAGCCUAAUAGAAUACCCCGCUCCGAACGGAUUUCUGCCACUUGCCAAUGCGAUCAUUCAGGACGAGAUGUGUAUUAUUGACGUGCUGCUCUCGGCCGGCUGUAGUGUUCACCUAGGCAAUCCAGAAAGUGGCCGGACACCGCUACACUUGGCUUUUUAUUACGGCCACCUGCCAUCUGCCCGCAUUUUGCUAAACAAGAAGGCGCACCUGGAGGCGACGGACACAAAUGGCAUGACACCCUCCCACUGCGCCGUUGAUGCCAAUCAGCUGGAAAUGGUGAAAUUCGCCCUCGAGGUGGGAGCGAAUGCGGAUGCCAGGGACGUUUGCGGAUGGACCCUCCUUAUGCGCGCAGUGGCUAUGAACGCCAGCAUGGAACUCAUCAAAGUCCUUGUUACACAUGGCGCAGACCUGGCUGCUUUGGACGCUGUUGGCAAAUCCUGUGCCGACUUGGCGAAACUUUAUCGCAGGCAGGAUGCAACGGAUUAUUUUGACAAGGUGCAAAAGUUUAGGAUAGAAAAGUCUGCCGCGACCGCAGACGCGGUGACAAAGGCACAAAUGCAGUAACAACCCACAGACGAAAAAUUUUAA